AUGUCAACAUGGACCAAGAUAUCUCGUCCAUUCAAAUGGUUCUAUCAUGAAUUCGGGAUCGUCUCGAUCCAACAAACAGGUCGUAACGCAUACCUGAUCAUCUUGGCCAGGACAUGUCGUAUGUUUGCGUAUGGUACGAAUUCUUUGAUUUUAGCAAUCUUCUUCUCCGCUUUAAAUUAUACCGACCACCAGAUUGGUAUCUUCAUGACCUUGACACUCCUGGGCGAUGUCUUUCUGGGUACCUUUCUCACAUUGGUCGCCGACCGUGUGGGUCGUCGGAGAGUCCUAAUGGCAGGAUCGGGACUCAUGGUCUUGACUGGUGUGGUGUUUGCCCUGUUUGAGAAUUUUUGGGUCUUGUUGGUGGCGGCCAUACUGGGUGUCGUGAGUGUCACAGGUGGUGAUUUUGGUCCAUUCAGAAGUAUUGAAGAAUCAAUGUUGUCACAAUUGACAACACCAUCAUCAAGGUCAGACGUUUUGGCAUGGUACGUCACGACGUCGACAUUGGGAUCUAGUAUAGGAUCCGAAGUUUCAGGGAGGGUGAUUCAUUUCCUCCAAGAUCGACCGGGUUGGAGACCCGUGGACGCGUACCACGCCUUGUUUUGGGUCUACACUCUCAUGGGGAUCGUGAAUGCGGUGCUAGUUUUGCCCUUGACGAAAGAAUGUGAACUGGAGGGUUUGGGUUCACAAGAUGAGAACUAUGUCGAAAUAGCACAGGAAGAGAAUGAUGACGACGAGGUGGACGAUACGACCCUCCAGCAACGGCAGAACCGACACCAACACGAUCAAGACCUCACUGGGCGACGGGAACAAGAUGAACCAGAACCAGAACCAGAAAAAGGCGGUCGAUCCCGCCUCCGUAACAUGUCAACCUGGUUCGGUCGACGUUUCGCCCAAGUCUCGGCGCCCACACGGGCGAUCAUGUACAAACUUUGGUUUCUGUUGGCGGUCGACUCUCUUGCCGACGGCAUGGUACCUUAUUCCCUGACGAAUUACUUCAUGGACGUCAAGUUCCACCCAACCAAAUCGGCCCUCGGAGACGUCACGUCGAUCGCUUACUUUUUGGGCGCCGUCGGGGCAGUCUUUGCCGGUCCCCUGGCUCGGAACAUCGGCCUCAUCAACACCAUGGUCUUCACCCACGUCCCCUCGUCGGCGGCCGUGUUGUUGUUUCCCUUCCCACCCUGGUUCUGGUUGACCUCUUGUCUCUUGCUCGUCCGGGCGGGUCUGAACAACAUGGACCAGGCACCUCGGUCGGCGUUCAUCGCGGCCGUCGUCCAACCGCAGGAACGUACGGCCGUCAUGGGCAUCACGGCCAUGGUCCGUACUCUGGCGGCCAUGGCCGGUCCCAGCGUCACCGGAGCUUUGGCGGCGGACGACCGUUUCUGGAUCGCGUUCCUCGUCGCCGGCGUCUGUCGACUGGCUUACGAUUUUGGACUGUACGCCAUGUUUGUAAACAUGAGGUUGUAUCAACACGAGGAGAAUGAUGAUGACGACCGGACCACAACCAAACACGCUGGACUUGGAGGAGAAGCAACGACGAGAAGAGGAGGAGGAGGAGGACGACGACGACGACAAUCACAAUCAUCGUCGUCGUCUUCAGUAAUACCAAUGGCCGAACUCGAUCGUGGUCGUGGACGGAUCAACGAUGAAGAGGCGGCGUUGAACGUGGGGAUGGAAAUGGACGAUUUGAGAAGUACAUCGACGACGGUGGGCGACGACAGCGACGACGACGACAAGAACAACAACAGCAACAGCAGCAAGAUCAUAACAUCAUGA